CCCCCCCCCCCCUUCCCCCGCUCCUCGCCUCCGCCCCACUGCCGUUCCCUCCUCCCCUCGCUCUCCCACCAGCUGCUGCUCGCUCGACGGCGGCGGAGCCCACGGGCGGCAGGCCGGUCGCGCGCGCCCGUUCUUCCUCCGAUGGAAGCCUCUAGAACUAGAAGGACACUCAGCUCCUGAUAGUGUACGGUGGUCUACUGAUCUCAUAGGCAUAGCUGCCCUAUUUUGUUGGCAGCAAGCAGAUGUAAUGAUGGACAACCUUGGGCAUAGAGAAAAUGGCAGGCAAAGGCCUGACCAAUAUAAAGCAGUUCAUACUCAGUGGAUGAUGCCUCAGCUAAAGGACCAUCAUAGUAUGAAUCUCCUGGCACUGAUGAAUGAGAAGGACAGUGCCAUCAGAGAAAGGGACCAUGCUCUCGCUGAGAAGAAAGCUGCUAUAGCUGAGCGAGACAUGGCGUUUGCCCAGAGGGAUGCUGCAAUGGCUGAACGGAAUGCUGCGAUUGUAGAGAGGGACAAUGCCCUUGCUGCACUUGAACUUGCCCGUACAAAUGGGUUUAAUAUGAAUAAUGGGAAUGGAUUUCACCAAGUACCUCCUCUUAAUGGUACGAAGAACAUCCACAACCAUGACCAGCUAUCUCAUGUACAAACAUCCCCAUUGCAGCUGGCCGAUUCUCCAUAUGACCAUACCAGAGAAAUGCACAUAUCGGAAGCAUACCCUAUCGCAACAGCUCCAAGUAGUAUUGGGAAGGGGAAGAAGCCAAGGAAGAAUAGUUCCCAGGCUUCGCCAUUGAAGAGGCCAUCAGGUGUGCUUCGGAAAACUAAGAAAGUCGCUGGUGACUGGAAGAAUGGGGGAAUGUCAGGUGGGGGUGAAGAUUCAGCUCGUGCUUCUGUGAUGAAGAACGAGUGGAAGGACCAAGAUCUUGGACUGAACCAGGUCCCAUUCGAUGAGUCAACCAUGCCUGCACCUGCCUGCUCGUGCACGGGUGAGCUCCGUCAGUGCUACAAGUGGGGAAAUGGCGGGUGGCAGUCGUCCUGCUGCACCAUGAGCAUGUCCAUGUACCCACUUCCUGUGAUGCCCAACAGGCGCCACGCUCGCAUGGGUGGAAGGAAGAUGAGCGGCAGUGCGUUCACGAAGUUGCUUAGCCGGCUGGCAGCUGAAGGCCACGAUCUCUCGACGCCGGUGGACCUCAAGGACCACUGGGCCAAGCAUGGCACAAACCGGUACAUCACCAUCCGGUAGCACCGGUGGCCACGUUGUAUCUUCCAUUCAAGCUGAAAAGGGGAGAUCGCGCUAAUGUUGCUUCUCCUGCAUCCCAAGAGCAGGCUUAGUGGAGCUUUAUUUUGUAAUGUCAUUGGUUUCUAGCGGAUGUGGGUAGAGUUUUGUGUCCACAGUGCUGUAGGUUCUCCCCUUUCUGAACUGUUAAUUGUGCUCGUGGCGCUGAAAUGCUGCAGUCCACGAGAAUGCAAGUGUAAUUGUAGCUCCCAGGUAUUCAUCGUGAGAUCGUUGUAUAGCUGUGAUAUCUGGAUUAAACUGGUAGUUGUGGAAGGUGGAUUAUAAUUAGCUUCAAAUAUCAUGUCACAUUCUAGUA